AUGUUUCGCUACACACAUUUCACCACAUCGACAUCAACACAUCAACGCAUCAACACAUCAACACAUCAACACAUCACCAACUCUCACCGACUCUCACCGACUCUCACCGACUCUCACCGACUCUCACCAACUCUCACCAACUCUCACCAACACUCACCAACACUCACCAACACUCACCAACACUCACCAACACUCACCAACACUCACCAACACUUACCAACACUCACCAACACUCACCAACACUCACCAACAUCACAACAAACAUUCCAUCAAAACAAGCAUCCCAGCACAACACUCUCGUCUCUGUUUGCUCUACGCCAGAAUGAGAGUGCCAAUUCCAUUACGGCGAAGGGACUAUCGGACCGCAAACUAUCAAUGCAGAACAAUUGGGAAUACGGCUCAUUCUAUCUAUCCAAUGAUGAUCCUUCGGAAUACAAAACAGAUGAGGAAGAUGUUGGGCAGGUCUUUGCUUCUUCGAAUACUCUUGAAUACUCGGAUACUGGUCCCCAGCACCACGGAGAGGGCUCAUUAGCUGUGAGGGAGCGCAAGUCUUACAUCGCUGGACUCGUGGCAGCGACAUCCGUGGUCACGGAAGCUCUGGAGUCCUUGGUUACGCAGCAUCUCCCUGCGAGGAUUGUUGUUCACGCAGACCUAUCCUGGAAUUUCGCACUUGGCUGA